GUAAUGACAAUCAAGUAGGCUCCGCCAUUUUAACUCUGGGCAAAUCGAGCAAAGUAAUUUCUUAUUACGUGAUCGUUUAAAAACUUUGCGUCUCCAAAAUGAGUAAUCGAUUGAUCACCACCAGUUUUAGGAAGUGGUGCUAUAACUUCAGUGGAUUUAAUCAAUAUGGAUUGUGGAGGGACGAUUGUUUGCACGAGAAUGCAGAUGUAAUAGAAGCAUUGAGGCGCCUUCCUCAGCAAAUUAAAGAUGAACGUAACUUUCGUAUAAUCAGAGCCAUGCAAUUAGAUGCCAACAAAAGAAUCCUGCCUAAGGAGCAGUGGACUAAAUAUGAAGAGGAUGUUCUGUAUCUCCAGCCCUACAUUGCAGAGGUCCAGAAAGAGCGAGAGGAGAGAGAAAAGUGGGAUUCGUCGUAAUAUGCAGCAGGAGUUGUUAUAGUAAAUGUAACAAAAAUUUACAUUCUCUAAUACACACUUUGUGCGAUGAAGAGUUCUGGUCUGUACAUAUAUAUAUUUAAGAUAAAUAGAUAUUAAAUAAAUUA